AUAAAAAUGGCGAAGUUUAUCAAGUGUUGUGAGAUCUGUACCUAAAAACCAACAUCUCAUCACUCGCAUUUGUUUGACAUUCCCCAAACACAAACACGCGUGUAUUCAUUUAGUUUUAUGGUACGGUUUUAUUAUAUGUAAACUCCGUGUAGCGAUGGCACUAGUUGCUUAUGGAAGUAGUGAUAUUUCAAGCGAUGAAGAGGACGUUCAAAUGCAACCCCAACAACACACAACGAGAGAACUUUGUAAACAAUCCAUCGAAACAUGUAACCCAACUAGCAACGCCAUCACACAACUCGAUACCAGCGAGUCACAUGUGACAUCAUCAUCAUCAUCCACACAAUGGACGUCACAUCCAUCGGAUGCCUCUCGAAUGUCGAAUGUUUCUCGCAGUCACUUGAACAGAGACACUUCUGUAACAUCAACUCGAAAUGAGUCAUUAGCAUUUUCCAUGUCGCAGCCUAAGCCGAAAUCACAUACUCCGAAUCAAGGCUUCUUUUCGGCAUUACCCCCACCGAAGUCGAAUGAAUCGAUGGGUUGUGCUCAGCAGUUCGACUUUGAUGAUGAUGUAUCUGAUGUGCCUCGUGCACCAGUUUGCAGCAUCAAAACCUCAAAGGAAAAGUCUGCUACUGAGGUCACAGAAACUAAAACCUUGCUAAGGUUGCCAGUGUCAUCUGCUAAUUCAGAUAAGAAAGAUAAGAAGAGGCAACCCGUGAAAAUUUCAGCACCUGCUUUAGUAACCAAUGAUGAUUCAGAUGAAGAUGAAUCAUCUAAGGAAAAAAAAAAACCUGCUGUUGUCGGAGGUGGAACAGGUCUUUUUGCAUUGCUACCACAGCCUAAACACGCGGUGACAAAAGAAACCAAUAGGUUGCUUCUACCCUUCUCACUUACACGGAAAGUGUCUGAGAAACCCAAGGUCGCUGCUACAAAUCCAUUUGCACAGAAGAAGGCACCAGUUAUAUCUAGUGUCGUGGACGAGGUAGAAUCUGACAGUGACGAAGGCGUCGGAAACUUUUUCUCGCUGGAUCAGGUCAGUGAGCAGAAGGUGCUACCCAAAGUAGGAAUGGAACCAUAUGUAGUUGGCGAUGUGGCUCAUAGCGCACCUGUCACAGCACCACCGCAUGGCAGUAUAGUUAGUCACGGCGAGUCCGGCUCCGCACUAGUGGCGACAACAGCAGCAUCGUCAGCAACGUCAGGUGGUGAAGACAGUCAUGCUAAUCCAAUCCGAAUUGACGAUGCAAAGACUACGGUGUAUGAGGCCUCGGCUGACAGCAUGGAUGAACCACUGAAAUUUGGUAGUGGAGCAUCUACGUGGAGCUCUCGCCAGUACACCCAGAUACACGGCGGUCGUCAGUUUGGGUAUGGGAGCCAGAAUGCUGGACAGUACAUGGAUCAUGUCAGCAGCCAGCCUAUUGGACAGUACAAGUACACUGACCAGGGUAGUGGCCCCGCUUACAAUGAUCCCUACUCAAGUAGUGUGGGAACACAUGGUAUCCAGUCGAAUGAACAGUACACGUACAGUGUACAAGGAGGUUAUGACUACAAUGAAGUUCAAUCGACUAGCAGUGUCAAACAACCGGGGUAUUCAUUGGAGGCUGGGCAAAGCUUAAGUCACCUAGUACAAGAUGAAAAGUUCCUAAAAAUACAGGGAGUGAAACAACGAGGAAAAGAGGAGAUCAACUUCAUUGAUGUGAAUGCAGACGAUGAGCUGGGUCAUAUGGACAACCAUCUCAUCAAAGGAUUGAGUGAAGAGACAGAACACAGAUCUAAAAGAAAAAAGGAAGAAAUGCCAUCGGCUCAACAAAAACGAAAGCAUCAGUUGAAGUAUUUAGCAUUUCAGGCAAAGGAGAGAGAGCUAGAGUUGAAAAAUGCGUGGGCACAAGGGCGUGCAAACAGAAAAACUGCCCAGUCGAAAUAUGGAUUUUGAAAUUUGCUUAGUCUUUUGUUAUCAUACGUAGGAAGUAUCUCCACCUGGUGGCAUUGGUUUUAUUUAAUGGAUUAUGACAACAUAUUAUGUGAUCUGCUUCAUGUAAAUAACUGUUGGCUCAGUCGCAUUGUAGUAGAUGUACUCAUGGAUUGUUAGCUCCAAUUAUGCAUUUCUAACCGUAAUGUAAAAAAUGUACAAGAACGAUAAGCAAGAUGUAAAUUUUUGGAUUUUUUAGACAGAUAAUACCUGUGCAUACAUUACAGCUUAAUAUCUAGAGUCAUACUUGUGUGUAAAUUCAUUCAUUUAUGUUUAGUUGUCUUGAGUUUAUUAUGUUAAAACGUUAAGGUCAGGCAGAAACAAGUGGAAGAACUUGGAACAGAUCAUGUUCAUGUUGUGACAUGGAAUGUAUAUAGGGUACACUAAAUAAAGUAGAAUAAUAUAAGUUACUAAAGUAUGUAAACUACUACAGGUUUAUAUAAGUUGUUUUGAUCUGUAUAUUAACCAUUAAUUUGUUAUAUGCUGAAAAAGCUUACGUGUGUAGUUCAUUAGGCAAAAUUUUAUUUAGAACAAACUGUUGCUGUAGUUUGAAAUGAAGCAGUCCAUAUCUCAAUGACAUGCAGACUGUCAUAUAAGUUCAAAUGUUUAUCAUGUAGUCAUGGGGGAAACUGUGUAAUGUAAGCAUACGUAUUGACACUGCUAAUGAGUGAAAUAAUGCGUCUUUUUCUUUGAUAAUGUAUGAAUUACUAAAUGUAAACAAAUAUAUUUAAUCUUAAUCGAACAUUUA